AUGAAGUGCAAGAAAAAGGGGCUUGCUGCUAGUUACUGUAGGAGCACAACACCUGCAACAGUCGAUCAACAAACCAAUAAUGGGACAGGCCGUCGUGAAGGAAGAAAAUGCUACGAGUGUGGGGAGGUUGGACAUAUCAAGAAAGAAUGUCCAAAGUUAAGGAGUCAAGGAGGCAUAGGGCGUGGCAGGGCAUUUGUGAUUGGAAGCAGAGAGGCUAUCCAAGACCCUUCGGUUGUAUCUGGGCUUUCUAGUCCAAGGUCUAAAGUAGUUGUUGUGUUGGCUGGAGUUUCAUUCCUGAUGAUCUCAUCAUUUGUGGGUUAUACAACAUAUAUAAGAAUAUCAAAGUGUAGAGAAGGUAAAUUGUUUAUGGCUUCCCGUGUUAUUCACUGGAAUUGGAGUUAA